GCGAGGAUGGGGCCAGACUCUGCUCAGUGGUGCCCAGAGGUUCCUUCAGAGAAAUCAGAAUCCUUUGCAUCCAUGUUGAGACGCUCUCCUUUAAUUCAGAUGGGGCCUGCCAAAGAUAAAAUUGCCAUUGGUCAAAUAUUCCAUAUUGUAGAAGAUGAUCUUUAUAUAGAUUUUGGUGGCAAGUUUCACUGUGUGUGCAAAAGACCAGAAGUUGAUGGAAAAAGCUGGAGUGGAUCUUGGAACACCAUCUGGACAGACUGUGGUAGUACUACAAGAAAAUAUCAGAGAGGAACCCGAGUACGCCUGAGACUGCUGGAUCUUGAACUCACGUCGAGGUUCUUGGGGGCAAAAACUGAUACCACAUUGCUGGAAGCUGAUGCAGUGCUUUUAGGGCUUGCAGAGAGCAAGCAAACAAAGCAAAAGGAGUAAAUCCACUGCAAAUAAAUGCACUUUGUGCUCUGUAGCAAAUUAUACAAAUGAAAUGUUUCCUCAGGAAGUAAAUGAAAAUUUUCUGUCCGCUUAGUUAAGUAAAUAAUGAGAUCAAUAAAAGACAAUAAGCACAUUGUACCUGA